CGGGGGCUGAGCUGCUUUGCAGGGGGGAGGGGGCCGGGGGCUGGGAAGCAGCUGUUAGCGGCUGCCGGGAGACGUUAUCCGCCGUUCGUUAGGGCCGAGGACACCCUCGGGAGGGCGGCGACGAGGGCCGUGCGACCGCCGCGCGUCCCCGUGCCUGUCCUCUCCUCCCACCGGCGCGUGGUGUCCGCCAUGGAAGCGCAUCCGGUCGCCGCCGCCGGGGUCUCCCGGCUCCGCGUCCCAGGCCCCCGGGAGCGAUGAGGGGGUAGAGGCAUUCCGCGACACGCCUCCGCCCGCGCUCCGCCCGCCGCGGCGUGAAGGAGGGUCGGCCGGGUUGGCCCGCCGGCCGCGGUGUGUGCCCGCGCCGCCCCGCCCCGCCCCCUGGGGGCGCCCGCCUCCCAUGCCGCCGCGGCGCCGCUGAAGCCCGGGACCCGCCCGCCGGCCGCGCGCGCCCCCCGCCCCGCCGCCCCGAGCCGGCCGCCCCUCCGCCCCCAGGAUGUGGCACAACGUGGGGCUGACGCUGCUGGUGGUCGUGGCCACGCUGCUGAUCGUGCUGCUGCUGAUGGUGUGCGGUUGGUAUUUUGUGUGGCAUCUUUUUCUAUCAAAAUUCAAGUUUCUGCGGGAACUGGUGGGAGACACAGGAUCCCAGGAGGGAGAUCAUGAGCCUUCAGGGUCUGAAACUGAGGAGGACACUUCCUCAUCUCCACACAGGAUCAGAGCUGCUCGUCACAGGAGGGUGCCCGCUGAGGAAGGCCACUGACCCCACCGUCACCCUGUGGGAGUGCUGAUGGAAGGCAGCGAUCCUUGGUCUUUGCAGUUGCUAAAAUAUUGAAGAGCAUUUGUACUUGGACUUCAAGUCCCAUUCAAAAAAAAAAAAAAAGAUUUACAUGUAAGCCAUAUGAACAUAAAGGGAAUUUAAACCAAAUUGGACCAUUACCAAUUUUAUGUUAAAGAUAAUCUUUUGCUUUACUAGCUUUUACUUAUAUACUUAUUCUUUGGCUCUUGGGCUUAUUGUUUUUGCACUUAUGUGAAUCUGUUAAACAUUACAGGCUUGAACACUGUAUUUUAUUAGUUCUAUAAUGUACUCUUUCCUCUCCCCCCCCACACACAUUUUAACUUUUCUGAACUUUUCAUUCACUAUUCCUGUCAACCAGGCAAUAGCUGAAAAAUAGCCUGUGUGUGUGUGAGUUCACAGCUUGUCAUAGUGUCAUCACUGUGUCAUUGCUAUCAAAUGUGUCAGAUUUAAUUGGCGUUUAAAAAUGUCUCCUAAAAGAUUUCACUAUGAUUCAGCACUGAAAUGAAGUUGUGUAUGCAGAUAAGCAUGGAAGCAGAGCAGCGGGGCAUACAUUUGAUCGUAGAGAAGCAAAUAUCCGUCGCUGGAGAAAUGACUGCAAUUCCAUAUUAUCUUAUAAAGCAACAAAAUGCUUUACAGUCCUAAGAAGGGAAGAUAACCACAAGUAAAGUUGUACUACAUUUUGCCACUGAGACACAUGCAGUAGGAUUGCCUGUCACAUGCUAAGUGAUGCAGUGAAGGUGAGAGAAAUUGCCAAAACCUUGGAAUAGAUGAAACACACUCAAAGCAGCAAGAGGCUGGUUUGAUCGAUUCCUGUCAGGCAGGACAUAUUUGUCCAAAGCUUCCUGCUGUCGUUAAGCAGAGGCAGUGGUAGAGCACCCUUUCCAGAAAUGCUUUUGAUGCCGCCCAGGGGGCCAUUGUGAGAAGGCAGGCAUCGGUGACUGAUGUAAGAAGUGAUUCAUAAAAGUUGCACUCAGUAUGAAGUUAUAGUAUAACUUAACCAGUUUAUUUCUUAACACAUGCACAAGACUGUGAUAAAAGUCUGUUUAAUUAAAAAAGUUCUGUUUCAGUAAAUAUAAAAUAAACAUUCUAUUGUAUGUGAUAUGAAAGCAUUGUGUCAUAAUUUGAUGGCCUGUGUCUUUUUCCUUAUGAUGCAUAUGGUGCAUCUGACAAGUAAGAAAUAGCUUGUACAUUUAUUUUUUCUAAGAUAACAAUUAUUACUAACUUAAUUCUAACUCUUAUAAUUAAAAUAGUUAUACUCUAUGAGACAUUUUUUUGGCAACCUGUUCAAGACUUUAGUAGCUUUGGAAUCUGAGAAUUGUCUUCUACUUUAGGGAGAAAGGAUUAGUCACUCCCUUUGUGUGGAAGGACUUCAUGCUCAAGGCAUGUUUCGUGGAGAAAACACUUCUCAAAUAGCAGUUUAAUGGCAAGAUCCCAGAGACAGGACUGGGGGCAUUGGAGAGUGGGUGAAAAUGCCUGCUUCACUGUACACUGACUUGCCAGGUCCGCGUAUUUGUCCUCAUUGAACUUUGGACUGUUUACCGGGGAAGAGAUAUGGGUUAAAGAACCUUUCUGUUUACCGUUACCUGCUUUGUACAAGAGUGAAUUGUAAAGCCAACUUAUUUUACUAAUUCAAGUUCUUUUUGUAUGUUUAAUCUUGGUUUCUAAAGAACUGGUCACCACUAUUCUAUGAUGGUGUGUAAUUUAUGUUUGGUACCUCAUACUUCAUGCUGACAGUUUUGUUAAUAGUUCACUUGCUCUGACCCAAGUGGUAUUCCUGGUGCACACUUCCGUUGUCAUUGCAGCCUUUGUAUAUACAGAAAGGGAAUUCACAGAGCAUAACUUCAAUUUUAAAUAUGUGCUACAGGCAGAGAUCCCCAGCAGCUGAGAGUGGGGCAUAAUCUUUCUAUUUUUGUUUCCUUAUUGGAUGCCGUUUUCUAUUUUUAUGUGACUGUAGGAAUUAAAAACAAUGACACAAAUUUCAUGCAUUAAUUUCAGUGCUUCCUACUAGCUAAGUAUUGCAUUAAAAUGAUCAUCAGUUAGGAAAAAAAGCCUAAAAAUCUUGGUACUGGGAGGAUUCAAUUAGAUCUCUCAUAGUCUAGUAUUUUGAACUGUGGGUCUGCUUUAUAAUAGACUAGAGGCCUGGUGCAUGGAUUCGUGCACCUGUGGGUCCCUUGGCCGGCCUGAGGGGAUCAGUGGACCUCCACACCACCACAGCCUGGCCUUACCUGCCAGUUUGUCAGACUCCAGCCCGCUGUCUGCAUCAAUCCCACGCAGCACAAAGUAGUGCGAGAAGCGGCAGGCAGCAGGGGAGGAGCCUGAGCCCAGGCUGGGCGCUGCAUCGCUCCAGCUCAUCCUGGCCUUGCUGUGCCCACCACCGUGGCCACACUCAGGCAUACAGAGGAGAGUGUCCCCAGGAGAGGCUCACGCCGCCCCAGCUGUGCUCGCCAGCUGUGAGCCCGGUGUCUGGCGCCCGUUUGUCAGCUGAGCGGUGCUCCCGCUGCGCUGUGAGAGCGCACUGACCACCAAGGGGCAGCUCCUGCAUUGAGUGUCUUCCCCCUGGUGGUCAGUGCACAUCAUAGCUACCAGCCGGUCAUCUGGUUGUCUGGUUGUCUAGUCGCUUAGGCUUUUAUAUAUAUAAAAAUAUCUUAGGUUUAGAGAAUAAUUGCUGACAGCUUUUAAGUAGCUGGCUGAGCUUCCAUACUGUUAUCAGUAUUAAAAACUGAUGGCCGAUGUAAUCCCCUAAAACCUACAAUUGUCAUCCACAAAGUAAACAAUUUAAUCCAUGUAAAGGUAUAUAUGUUGGUAGUAUUUAUUAAUAUUUAUACUUCAAAAAUAUCUUUUUAAAAAUAAUUAUAAGAAAUGUUCUGCUUUAUUUUUGGGGAAAAUACAGUUAAAAGCAUUUUAACAGCUCACACCCCACCAUGUUUUAACUCUCAAGAGAGUUAAAUCCCUGAUGCCAAUAUGAAAAUCCUCCAAACUAAUUCCUUUGUUUAAAACCUUUUUUCUCCUCUGCCCCCAAUAUUCUCACAAUAGCACAUAUUUCUAAGGCCACUGAAAGAGACAAGAGAAAUACCUGUUGGCAGAAUUAUUUGUGUGGUAUAAUGUUUAUGUUUUUUACCCAUUUUAGAGCUUUUGUAGUUGAAUUUAGUGGAACUUCAUAAGGGCAUUUUCAGUUUCUCAGUAGGAGAUGGUCUAGCCUGUGAUUAAUUUUAAAGUUCAGAAGUUCUGAGCAUUAAACAUGCGGUCAAUAUCAUUUAUGUCUAAAUACUCAUUAACAAUGAUGUUGAUCAGGUACACCAUCUUUUAAAGAGUAAUUUUAAAAUUGAGGACUGGCCAGUUGUUUUCAUUACCUUCCCAACUAACCAUUCUCAAGUCUUUCUCUUUGCCUCUGAAACUCUUGUGAAAAUUUCAGGUAUCAAAUAUAUUGGUAGCAUUACUCUGACUUAAAUGCCAAAAAACACUAAAUAUUUGUGUAGCACUGUUGAGUGAGGUUUUUAAUAUUUAUGUCCAGUCAAAAAAUAGAAUGCAUUCAGUGGCUUUUUUAGUCCUUUCCUGGUGGAAACAUAAAUAUGUUAUUUGGAGGAUAGCCAGUUCACAGGUGUGCCGACCCAUUUCUUUAGAUGAUAUUAGGUUUUAAAACAGCUUCAAACUGUUACUUUGUUGAAAGUUGAGAAUAUAUUACAUAAUGGUUUCACAAAUAUGGCAUUUUAAACCAAAACCUGUUAAAUGAUUUGAAAGUAGUACAUUUUUACUUUUAAAAGCAACAUUUAAAAAUUAUUUUGUCAGUGAUGCAGUAUUUUUUGAAGUCAGUUUUUCUGAAGUUAUAUUUUAAUGUAACAUGUAACCAAUGUAACUUUAGAUUUUCACUGUAAACUUUUAUAUUUGAAGUUCACUUAAAAAGCCAAUGAAGCCCAGUUGGUAUGGCUCAGUGGUUGAACAUUGACCUAUAUACCCAGAAGGCCAUGGUUCCAUUCCUGUUCAGGGCACAUGCCUGGGUUAUGGGCUCGAUCCUCAGUGUGGGGAGUGCAGAAUACAGCCUAUCAAUGAUCCUCAUCAUUGAUGUUUCUAUCUCUCCCUCUUCCUUUCUUUCUGAAAUCAGUAAAAUUUAUUUUUAAAAAGCCAAUGAACAAUACUAAUAUAUUGUAGACUCAAGCAGCUAAUGGAAUAGUAUAUUGUUAUGGAGUCUAGAAUGAAAGCACCUUGUAUUGUCUGCUUCUAAAGUAUCUUACAGCUUUUACAGCAUAAAGAGUAAAAUUUUAUCUUAAUAAAAGUUACAUUUUCCAUGUGUUAAUGUACAUGUGCUUCCUGUUUUAUGGCCAAUGUUGAAUAUUACUCUCCAAGUUAGUUGUAUGCAUAACCACUCUACCAAAUACUGCUCCUGUGGUUUUUUAAAGGAGACAUUCUGUGCUGUGCUAUGAUGCAUUGUCAUCUCAUUGCUUGACAAAUAGGCUUAUAAGGAAUUAAAAUUGUGUGUUAAUAGUUCUUUGUAUAAUAAUAUGUAAAAUUAAAAAUGAGUGAUCAUUCACUGUUUUUGUUUUAAAACUGGUCAAUACUAUACCUAAAGCCUCUGUGGUUUGUUUGUAUGACGUUUUAACUGUUACUUUAAACCUCACAGAAUAAAUUAAAAUGAACACAAA